CCAAUCAUCCUCCCCGGCGCAGGCGCACUGCUGGAACAGAGCGUCAGCAAUGAGCGCGCGCGAGAGAAUCUGGCCAAUGGGGUUGUGUCUAUUGUGCGGGCUGCCCGGGGCUGGGAAGUCCACCUUGGCAGCCGCGCUGAAAGAGAAGGCGAGCCCGGCGUACACCAUGGUCUUAUUGUCGUAUGACGAGAUCCUCGCGGAGGAUGCGUUUGAAGAAGAAGAAUCGCCCUGCGAGUCUCGCGAGGUUUCCUGCCAGUCUCCGGAACCGGGCGGAAGAGAACAAUCCCUGUGGAAGACGUACCGCCAGCAACUCCUGCAGUGCCUGGAACAUCUGGUAGAGUCCGUGUCCAGCCGCUCUCCUCUCCUACAAGCCCCCGGCGACAUCAAAGACCGUUUGUGGAAGCGCUUUUGCCAAUGCCUGGCAAGUCAAGGCUUAAUCUCCGCCUCGCGUUCCAACUCGGGGUCCCGGCAUGUUUGUAUUAAUCCCGUACAUUUUCCUGUGGUCUUCAUACUGGAUGAUAAUUUCUACUAUCAGAGCAUGCGGUACGAGGUGUACCAGCUGGCGCGGAAGUAUUCUCUGGGAUUCUGUCAGUUGUAUUUGCAGUGCUCGACUGAAAGCUGCUUGCAGAGGAAUAAAGACAGACAGAAGCCUGUAAUGGAUAGGACAAUCCUGCUGAUGGAGAGGAAAAUGGAGAAGCCCAACCCUGAGAAGAACACCUGGGAAGAGAACAGUCUUUUCCUGGACAGCUCUGGAGGAGGCGUAGUAGAUGAUACACGAAUCAAUGACUUGCUGAGUCGAGCCCUGGAAAACCCUGUGCGACUUCUAGACGAUGAUAAUGAGGAAAGGGAACGGGAUCGUGAAAUCUGUUCGGCCAGUCUCAUCCAUCAGGCAGAUCAAAGCCUACGACGGCUCAUCUCUGAAACCAUGCAGACAGUGAAAGAGUCGGCAUCCAAGCAGGAUAUUAAAAGAAUUGCUCGAGAACUCCAGUGUGUAAAGUCGAAGGCUUUGGAACAAUUAAGGCAGCAAAUCGCUGUGCAGACCGUCCAUCCCGAGCGAGACCGACGCUUCAAUGUGAUGUCAUAUUUUACAGAAGAGAAAGAGCGCAUACUUCAGCUGUACUGGUGCCAGGCUCAGAAGCCAAAAAUCUGA